AUGCUAUUAUGUUUAUUAUGCGUGUCGUCCGAACCCUAUGGCAAGGGAAGCUACAGCCCUAAUUUUGAGAAACAACGAAUUAAUAAGCACAUCCAAGAUGGAUACUGGAUUGAACCUUUUCAAUCUAACAAUCAUACUCCUGUUGGAUUUAUAGCAUAUGGACUUGCCGAAGGUGACAUCAAGUUUUAUCAAAAUCCAUACAUAGAUACAAAUGAAACCGAUCCGAUAAGUAUUCAAAAACUAUUAACUCCCAUUGCUAUGGAUCAAGCGGAUAUUACGGGAAAUGGAUUGCAAGACAUUAUUAUUUGCUUUGAUUAUGGUAAUACAAUUCUGGAUUUCAAUCCUGAUGGAGGAUACAUCAUAUGGUUGGAGAAUCCAGGAAACAUAAAUGGCAAAGAACCAUGGAAACGACAUUAUGUUGGAAAAUCAGCUACAAUGCAUAGACUUAAAAUUGGACACUUCACACAAACUGAACGUUGGGAAAUUAUAGGUAUGCCUGUUGUAAAUGGACCAUUUGAUGUACCAGUACCUGUGCUGUUAUUCCGACAGCCUGAUGAUGUGUUAAAUGCGACCUCAUGGGAUAGUGAAAUAAUUGAAAGUGAAUUUUUUCAUUUAAUUCAUGAUACUAAAAUGUUUAGUGGUGAAUCAUUGGAUAAGCUAAUCAUUGCAUCAAGCGAAGGUCUUCAUUGGUUUUACUAUAAUGAAAGUUCUCAACAAUGGACAAUUGAGAAAAUUGUAGAUGGGGAACAGGAAGAAAAACAACAGACAAAUUACUAUGGUACUGGUGGUGUUGAUAUUGGAAGAAUUGGAAAUGAUCCUAUUGCUUAUAUUCCUGCAAUUGAACCUUUCCAUGGUGAUAUCGUUGCUGUCUACGUUAAAUCUAUUAAUAGUUCAUCGAAAGAAAUUCAAUGGCAACGACAUAUUUUGGAUGUUUAUGGAUAUCCUAAUCAGAAUGGGGAAGGUCCAGGUCAUCAUGUUAUUUGUGCUGACUUUGACAAAGAUGGAGAAGAUGAAUUUUUACUUGCACUUCGUGGACCAGCUCCAAAUGAGGGUGUAUAUUAUUAUAAAGCUUUCGAUCUUUCUCGUGGUUUAUUUGCCAAAUGGAAAAUUAGUGAUGAAUCUGCUGGUAGAAUCGCUCUUGCCGACUUCGACAAUGAUGGACUUCUUGACUUUGCAACUAUUGGCUAUCGUGUUGCUGGUUAUCAUCUAGCAAAAAAUGCUUCAAUCAAUAUCUUUUACAAUCGACAGGUCAAUACGAUGCUACAGAGUAAACCAGAAUUACAAGUGACGAAACAAAACGAUGAACUUCUGUUCACAGUUCCAAGACCUAACAAAGUAUCCCAAUACCAAAUGCUGACAUUUUUGACAAUAGGAGGUAUAACUUUAUCGUUAGAAAUUUUACCACCAUUUAGUUCACGUCAAGUGAGCAACAAUACUUAUGUCAAAGUUCUCUCGGGUGUUUUAAUGUGGGUAGAUUCUUCCACGAAAACAAAUCAAUCGCGUACGUUUCUAUGUCAACCAAAAAGUAUUUGCUCGCUUGAAGUAAAUAGUGACGACAAGAGAGUAAAGACUGGUAAUGAUGGUGCCAUUUUUAUUGUAAUGCAAAUGCCAAAAGGCAUGAAUGAUGUUCCUCAAUUCGAUUCGAUUGGAAAAGUUAUGUUGGAAAACUCAUUACCUGAACAUUGUCCUGAAGAAGCGCGUAAACUUAGUUUCAAAUUUACUAAAGCUGAUCAACUUGAAUGGGGAAAGGAGAAAUUCAAAGAUGUUGAAUUCUAUAAUAUGAGAGGUUUUAACAUUAAAUUUGCUGAUAACGACGAGCAUCUAUGUCACAUGCAACUAUGGGCUGCUGGAAAAGGUACAAAUGCUGGUGUACAUAAUCAUGCUACCGAUCGAUUCUGUGAAGUUCAUACUUGUAUUAUAAAUGGAAAUGGAAAUAGUGGUAUGCAAUAUCUCAAUAGUUCCCAGGAAACUUACGAUCCAUUUACUAUGUUGGACUCCGAUUUUGUCAAGCUAAAUAUACCAUCCUUUUAUGAGCAUGGUCCUCUAUGGGAUAUUGAUGUUAAAAAGCAACCGGUUUUACGUAACGACGGAACUGUUAUAUAUCCUUGGCACAAAUGGCAGUCUGGUAGCGAUGCGCCAGUAGGUCAACAGCAGAACAAAGUUCUUACUAGCAGAGAUAUACUGAAGAACAGUGUCGACGCUUCAGUACCAAAUCAAUCGUAUGAUAUUUGGAUGGCGAUUGAAUUCAAUAUUAAAUUAUCAACGGUGCCUUCAUAA